AUGGUUUAUGUGAAACCUUCUCGGCGCGAGGACUUCGAGAUUGUCAUAAUAUGCGGGCUACCACUCGAGUUCAACGCCGUCUCCCUUCUGCUCGAUGAAUACUGGGACGAGGACGGUGAUCACUUCGGACGAUCCCCCGGAGAUGUCAACCACUAUAUAACGGGCCGCAUUGGCAGGUACAACGUUGUCUUGGCUCUCCUCUCACACAUUGGCAAAGUGCAUACAGCCAGCGCCGCAGCCAGUAUUCGUUCAAGCUACGGCAGUGUACGACUGGCCUUGCUUGUUGGUAUCUGUGGAGGAGCCCCGCAGGCAGCAAAUGGCGAAGAGGAUGAGAUCUUGCUAGGUGAUGUGAUUAUCAGCAGGACCGUAAUACAAUAUGACUUUGGCAGACUGUACCCUGACAGAUUUAUACGCAAAGAUACUUUGGAGGACAAUCUUGGCAAAGCAAACAAGGAUAUCCGCAAUUUACUAAUCACGUUUGAGACUGACAUUGGUUUGGAACGACUGCAACGAAGAACCGCAUAUUUCCUCAAGCAACUCCAGGCCAAUGCUACUGGCAGAAAGCGUCAAGGCAGAUACAGCUACCCUGGUACAGCGGAGGACAAGCUUUUCAAGUCAUUGUAUCGCCAUAAGCAUCAUGUACCGUGUACUUGCGUUUGUCGCGAUUGUAACAGCAUUUCUAACCCCGUCUGUGACGAGGCUCUCAGCUUGUCUUGCGAAGAGCUUGGGUGUGACAACUUAUACCUUGAGCAUAGAGGACAACUUGAUGCAAAACGGCAGUUGGAACAAGAUAAAAGUGACAAGGCUCAAGAGCCUACCAUUCAUAUGGGGUCUAUUGCAUCUGGCGAUAUAGUGAUGAAGUCUGCAGAAGACCGGGACAGGAUUGCAAAGAAAGAAGGAGUUAUUGCAUUUGAGAUGGAAGGAGCUGGUAUUUGGGAAGAGCUACCUUGCAUUGUGAUCAAAGGGAUAUGCGAUUAUGCCGACUGUCAUAAGAACAAGAGGUGGCAAAAUUUCGCUGCUGCAACGGCCGCGUCUACGUUGAAGGCCGUUUUGGAACGCUACAUUCAGACAGAUAAAAAUCGAAAUGAAGAUUUGGAUCCUUUGGAGAGAGAUUCGAUCACCCAAGGUGCGUCCUGGUAUGAUUCCGAAGUAAGAGGAGAGGAUGUCACACAGGGUAAUGAGCUUCGAGUUUCAUCACCUCAAUCGUCCCGGCAUUGUAUAGUACAAGAAGGAUCAUAUUUUGGAGGGGUCAUUAAAGUAGCAGGUUCUGUGGUCCAAGGGAAUAGGAUGAGCAUAUGA